CGAUGCAUUCACUGCCCGACUCCACGCUGAGGUCCAACAUCUAAUGUCGAAGUCAGUUUUAUCAUGAAGUGUGAAAUAUGUGCAUGCGACUGGGCCCCUUCAGGUCCUCAGUGAGGGGUCGUCUUCAGCCACCUCCUCCUCGUAACCACAGACAGAAACGUGUCUGUGAAAACUUCAGGCAGCUUGAUUUGGCAAGUUAAACUCAAGUUGUUGAAGUCAGCUACAAUCAGCACAAGAUUCAUUUCUAUCACAACAGGAAGAUGAAAUUACAGUCUCUUUUCACUUCCAACCUGAUGUGUUUGGCACUUUUAUUUUGAUCGUUUUCGUGUGAACUGUGAUUAGUUUUAACAUUAAUGAAAGUUUCGUUUCGGUAGCUUGUCCUCUUGUCCCUCUGACUGUCUUCUUCUGACUGUCUGACUUUAUUAUUUAUAUUUUUUGUUUAUAGUCAAUAAUGAAUUCAUAAUGCGUUUGUGCUGUUGGUCAUCAUCAUCAUCAUCAUCAUCUUCAUCAUCAUCAUCAUCCUCUGACUGCUGGUGUGGUUGGAGCCUCAGAACUGGCCUUUCUCAAAGAGCCCAGUGAUGUCAUCGCCGUGAGGGACCGCCCCCUGAUGCUGGACUGUCAGGUGGAGGGGGAAGGGCCGAUCUCCAUCGCCUGGAGACGAAAUGGCGUUUCAGUGGAAACUGGCGACAGGGCGACGGUGCUCGGUAACGGUACGCUGCUCAUCAGAAACUUCUCCAAGAGACGAGAGAGCAACGAGACGGACGCCGGAGAGUACGACUGCGCCGCACAGAACCGCUAUGGCAUGUUGAUCAGUCGCAAGGCCCGAGUCCAGCUCGCAUCCCUUCCCAAGUUCCUGUCUCACCCAGAGUCCAUGGCGGUGGGUGAAGGGGGCGUUGCCAGGCUCACCUGUCAGGUCAACGGAAUCCCGGAAGCCAGCAUCACCUGGCAGAAAGACCGACUCCCACUGAGCACCGAGGACCCCAGGUACACACUCCUGCCUAACGGCGUGCUGCAGAUCACCGGCGUUCGGCAAACAGACGGCGGUUUGUUUCGCUGCGUAGCUUCGAACAUCGCCAACACUCGAUACAGCCGUGAGGCCCAGCUGUCUGUCACCGUUGCAGGGUCCAGAAUCUACCGGGAACCUGUCAUCCUGUCUGGUCCUCAGAAUCUCACCAUCAACGUCCACCAGACGGCCAUCUUGGAGUGCAUCGCCACAGGGAACCCACGACCCAUCGUGUCCUGGAGUCGCCUCGACGGCCGGUCGAUCGGUGUGGAGGGCAUCCAGGUGUUGGGAACAGGUAACCUGAUGAUCUCUGACGCCACCCUGCAGCAUUCGGGAGUUUAUGUUUGUUCAGCAAACAGACCAGGAAGCAGAUCCAGAAGAACGGCGCUCGGACGGCUUGUGGUACAAGCUCCUCCAGAGUUUGUCCAGUGGCCUCAGUCUGUCUCCAGACCAGCAGGGGGCAGCGCCGUCUUCAGCUGUACAGCGUCCGGCGUCCCUGAACCGCACCUCAUCUGGCUGAAGAACGGCAAACUGCUGACACCCAGCGGCAACGUCAAACUGACCAACGGAAACACGACUCUCGCCAUCACCCGUAUCACCGCAGAGGACGAAGCCAUCUAUCAGUGCAUAGCAGAAAACAGCGCCGGCACCAACCAGGCCAGCGCCCGCCUCGCCAUCAGCCAAGGCCCCGAGCUGCCCGAGGCUCCCGCCGGCCUCCAGGCCACGGCCCUCAGCUCGGACAGCCUGCAGCUGACCUGGGAACAGCCGACAGAGCACGCCAGCCAACAGAUUAUAGGAUACGUCCUGCACAUCAGACGACUUGGGGAGCCAGACAGCGCUGAGCUGCAGGAGGCCGUCAGUAAGACGACCUUCAGACACGAGUUCAACAACCUGGAAGCAGCCACCACCUACUCCAUCUAUCUGAAGGCUUACUCUGCUCUGGGAGGAAGCCAGCAGUCCAACACCAUCACCGCCACAACAAAGGGCGGCGUUCCCAGUUCUCCCAGUUUCUUCACCAAGGUCCUCAACCAGACGGCCAUGCAGGUGUACUGGGAGCUGCCCAGUAAGCCGGGGAAAGUGGAGGGCUUCAGACUGGAGUUCCACGGGGUUUCCAACCCUGAGUUCCAAGGGCAGGAGACGUUCCCAGCACACAUCAACACCCACACCAUCUCCCACCUGGAGCCAGCAGCAGUUUAUGAGAUCCAGCUGGUGGCGUUCAACGGGAACGGAGAUGGUCCGUCCAACCGUCGCCUGGUGUCUCUGGCAGAGGGAGCAAACACUGCAGCAGCUGGUCCAAGCUGUAACUGUGAUAAGUCUGAUGGCCCGAUGUCGACUCUACUGGUUGGCAUUCACAGCGGCCUCGCAUGCAUCCUCUGCUGCCUGCUCCUCAUCCUGCUGGGAUAUAAACGCAGUCUCUUCUGCAGGAAGGAUGUAAGCUGGGAGACUCCACCGACCCUAAAUGGAGUCAGAGGUCCUAAAGGUCAAACACCUGAGAGCAUCGAGCUGAGCCAGAGAUGUGACUCCACUCCUCCUCCGGUUAUGGUCAUGGUUGAGCCGACUCCACCCGCCCAGCCCGGCACAAGCACUGGAUAAAACACCACACAUACCUCCUCCCCCUCCUUCUCCUUCUCCCCCUCCAGUCUGUGGUCACUUCCUCUCCUCCUGACAGCCUUACAGCCACUUCAGCCUUUAUGAAUGACUGAGAUGAGAGUUUAUCUUUGAGAUGAUGAGUCUGUCUGAGGAGCAUCCAGAGAGCAUCUGAUACCACAGGGGAACAAAAUACUUCACAACACCGCGAAAACUUCACAGAUGUCCACAAGCUUCAACUACAAUUCAUGAUUUCCUCAUCAAACCAAAGCUGAAUUCCUCUGAUCUGAUAUGAAAGUUGUCAGAAAACCGAAGUCACUGGUCACAUGACUCCGACUGGUUCCCCUGUGGUAUGAGAUGUUGACAUCGCAGUGUCCAGGAUGCAUCCUAUUUAACCAAAACCUUUUUUAUUCAGUUUGGGGUCAUUUUCAGUUUGUCACCAUCGGUGCCGAGAUCUUGGGACGAUGAGGCCUUCCACCAGUCCGACCGGAGACCGGGUCCUCAGAGGAUCCGCUUUGAGUUUGUUUAACUAGCUGUUGUUUGUUGGUCCUCUGAGGCCCAGAGCCAAAGGGAUUUUUUAAUUCUCUGGUCAGCAGGUGACUGUGGAAGACAUUAGCUGUCUUCUGCGCUGCUUUAGCCUUUUAGUGUUUGUUUAUCUCACCGAGUUCGCCUCAAGUCAGGAUGUAGAGGAAGCCAACAGCUGGUUGUUCUCCUCCCUCCUUCCCUUCCUCCUCUGACUCUUCCACCAAACUCUUUACCUCCAAAGAGAGCAGGCUAAACGCUAAAUGCCUGAGCUACAGGCCACCGUUAGCCUCCUGCUGCUGGCCAAGCUAACCUACCUCAAAACCAAAAGGCUACUUUGCCAUUUUCUACCCUUUCGUACCAAUGCAGAUAUCCUGUGCCUGACCGUCACCCAGAAACCCUCCCCCCAACCAUGGAUCUGUCCAUCAUAGUUCUCCUAAAAGAGAAGCUGAUGAAAGGAAGCCAUUGAAGACCUCUGCUACCUUUGCUAUUUUUUGACUCUGACAUGUCCUAUCUGAUUCCGACAACAUCUUCGAGUGCUGCUUCCAGGGCCUAAAAUGCUCUUCCAAAUCUCUUUCUGAAAGGACUCGGUAACCUGCAAAAGGAUUGUACCCUCUGAAGUGCAGAACCCUGCUCCAAAUCUCAUUCGGGGUCUAAAAUUCUUUGGAGGUGAACCAUAGUCCUGACCUGACUUUAACAGUUCAAAAGCUUUCCUCAAAGCUUAGCUGCUGCAACAGGAUCAGGCUCUUCAUACUUGACCAUAUUCCUGAACAUGCACAGUUCAGAAACCUGAUCCAGAUCUUACCCUCCACAUAUAAUAACUUGCAUGAAGUUUGACAUUUCAGGGCAGGAUUGUUAGCCUAUAGAUUAGCCUUGUGCACUCAAUAACUUACCACAGUCCUGACCUUUAACAGUUCCACACCCUGGGCCAGAUCCCCCAUCAAGGUCUUUUUCCCUUCAGUCAAUAAUCUGCUUGACACUUUGGGUCCUGAAGCUCACUGGAGAUGUUGAAGAACAAACCUUUAAAUGAGGAUGUUUGUUUGUUUGAAGCCAAGUGACUGAUGUCUGUGGACGGAGAAUGUUUAAUCCCUGGCUGUCCUGGAGACGACUCUCACCUCCACCUGAGAGGAAACGAUGAGGAGGUCAGGGUCAGUCGACACCUGAGAGACAGACCAGGAAAAUUUGGACACGGGAUGUCUCAGUGCUAGACGUCUCAGUCUGUUUCUGUCCCAGCUUUUAUUUUUACAGAGUCAACCACUUCCUGUCACCUGCCUGAAGGUGUGUCUAACGUCAUAUAAUGUCUGAAAGUAUAAACAGCAGCUUUCUGUACAUUUCAACCAAGCUUCCAAAUAUUCUUUAAAAACAAGCUGAACAACGUCCAAAGAUAGAAACACUUUCUCACCAUCUUCUGUUAAAAACUGUUUGUUUUCACUUCCAGUUUCUAGAGUCGAAGAACAAACAAAACCAAAAGAAAUACUUGUUUUUACAUCUAAUAUUUCACAUUAAUGUUUGGAAAAAGUGAAUAUAUAUUUUCAUAUAUGUUAACACGAAGAGCUCUGUGUAUCAUGAUUAUAGCCAAAUAACUGAAUGAUAGAAACACUUUGACCAAAAGCUCAAUAAUAAUUCUCAAGUAUUAAGAGAGUUCUUUGUAUUUAGAGCCACAGGGAGUUCAGUUCAUGGUUGAAUGUCUUUACAGCUUCUGUCUCUCCUGCUGACAGCCACGAGACCCCGAGGACCUGUGCAGUACUUUUUAAGAUACUACAUGAACUACAGUAGAAAGUGGAUGGCGCUCAGCUGUCCUGCUGGACGUCUCGAGACACAAACAUGAACUGGAACGGUGACGAUCAGGAUGGACUUGGACCUCAUUAGGGCAACAAAAUCAUGUUUGUUGCGUUUGUUUUGGGCUUGUGAGCAGAUUUACGAGUCCUGUUGAGGUCCAAGUCAAACCAAGUCACUUCAGUCGCAUUGCUGGACUGACUCGGUCUGACUGACUUGUGCUGUCACGUAAAAUAUCAUUAAGUUGAGUCCCAAUUUGUGAGUUGACUCGAGUCGUACCGAUGGUGAGCAUGUCGGGUCACAUCAGGUCAAAGGUUUUCAGUCAUGUGGUCUCGUGACGUCUCCUGAGCCUUCCUCAACUCCCUGCUGUCCUUGGGGUCAAAGGUCACACGUAGCUGUCAGGUCUGCUCCGAAACGAGACGAGUGUUUCUAAAAAUAUAAAAGUAGAAGUAAAAUGUUUAUAAAAAUAAUGUUGGCUGUUCUUUUUCUAGAACUUUUGUCUUUUGGUUCAUUCUUAUCUUUCUGUUGUCGCCAUUUGGUGGCGAAGAGGAAAUUCUGCCAAAUUCUGUGAGGAAGACCAUAAUUUCUUUCUUUAUUAUUAUUAUUGUUGCUAAUAAUGUUAUCAUUAUUACCAUUUUACCUCCCAGUUUUUAUAAUGUUUGACUUUUUUCGGAUGAUUUUUGUUGGUAGUUGAAUGAUGUGAAAAUGUUCGUAGUGUGUUUUCAGCUGGAGGUGGAGACGCUGAUUAAGCUCCAUCGAGGUGGACUUGAGCCAUAUUUAAUAAGAAGGCACUCAUGUCUUCUCUCUGUCAUAAUCCACUCAGAAGUUCGAUAUACGAAGCUGAUUAUUUGAUCUUGUGGCGUCUCGGCCUGUCGACACGCUGUAGAAACUAAAACUAAGAAGUAGAGAUUGUAGUGACUGAAGGCUAGAACCAAUGAGAAAAGUGAUGCUUUAAUGUUUCUGAUUUCUUUUCUCUCAAAACAAAUUUAUUUUCAUUAAUGUGUCAUUAAGAAAAAAGAAAGGCGCCCCAAAGCUUUAAACAGAACAGAUGAAAGAUGACAGAAUCUGGAAGAGUUUGAUCAUUUGCGCACAUUUGGUUUUAUUUUUUUGUAUUAUUUUUCAUUAAAGCACAGAGUUUCAGGCUGUCAGGUCGGAUGAUUUUCAGUGUUUUCCAUGAGAUGAACUCUUGUUUGUAUUUCAGCAGAUUUCUGGUCGUAUUUCUCUGUCACCUUUCUGAUGUUUAGACACAUGAAAACCAAAUAAAACUGAACAGAAGUAGAAAGCAGACGUCACGUUGUUGUUUAUUAACUGA